AUAGUGAGAGAGAGAGAGAGUUGAAGAGGACCGCUUUAUUUUCAGAUUUUGCAGCAGAAAUCCUGAGAGAGAAAACAGGAGAGAAGAAGAAGAAAAUAAAGCUUUGUCUUUUCUCUGGUUGCAUUCAAUUCCACUCCCUCUUUUCUCUCUCUCUAAUUACUCUUUUCUAUUGCUAUUCAAAAUCCAUUGUAACCGACUCUCCUUUUCCCUGGAGAAAGUUAGUGAUCAUAAGUGGAGGCGGUUUUCUCAUUGAUUGAUGGCAGCAACUUCUUCAAAAUCACAACUAUAAAACAAUAGCAACAGACAACAACAUAGCUUUUAGGUUCAAUUCUUCUACUCUCCUUUGGCCAUGAUGGCUUCCAGUGUCAAAAACAACACCAACCCCACAACCACUCAACUUCAACCACUCCCACCACCGCAGCAACACCGUCAUCCCCACCACCUCUUUCAGCACCACCACCAUCAUCAUCAAACACCAGAACAUCAAAUUUCAUUCGGAAUGAUGCAACCUUCUUCAUCAUCCUCUGUCCCUGGGAACUACCUGCUCAGAAGCAAGGAUUCUGGAGCUUAUGAUUUGGGAGAAUUGGAUCAAGCCCUUUUUCUCUAUCUUGAUGGACAAGCUGGAGAGCCUUCAAGUGUUAAUCAAGACCAACAAAGACAGAAUAACUCAUCAUCAUCAGGAAUGAGGCCUCCAACUCUCAACAUUUUCCCCUCUCAGCCUAUGCACGUAGAGCCAUCAUCAUCCAAUUCCAAGGCUCUUAGCAUAGACUUGGUAAAUUCUUCACAAACCAGUGGAUCCAAGAGAGCAAUAUCAGAGCCGUCCAUGGAGUUGGCCAACCCAAGAAAUGAAGCCGCCUCUGCACCUGAGCCACCCAAAGGUGUCAAGCAGCGAGUGAGCAUUGGCAAGGGUCCUACCUCAAGUUCUGAACAUGAAGGACCAAAGACACCAGAUCCAAAGACACUCAGAAGACUUGCUCAGAAUAGAGAGGCAGCUAGGAAAAGCAGGCUGAGGAAAAAGGCCUAUGUUCAGCAGCUAGAAUCGAGUAGGAUUAGGCUCAAUCAGCUGGAACAAGAACUACAGCGUGCAAGAGGCCAAGGCAUGUUCUUUGGUGGGGGUGGUGCAAUUGUGGCAGGAGAGCAAGGCCUUCCUGUCCCUAUGAAUAGCACUAGCUCAGAGGCUGCAAUAUUUGAUGUGGAAUAUGGUAGAUGGCUAGAGGAGCACCACCGUUUAGUUUGUGAGCUGAGAGCUGCAGUUCAAGAGCACCUUCCUGAGAACGAGCUUAGGAUGUUUGUGAACAAUUGCUUGGCACAUUAUGACCAAGUCAUGAACCUCAAGUGCUUAGUGGCCAAAACAGACGUAUUCCAUGUUUUUUCUGGCAUGUGGAAGACCCCAGCUGAACGUUGCUUCAUGUGGAUUGGUGGAUUCAAACCAUCUGAACUCAUCAAGAUUGUUCUGACUCAAAUUGAGCCUUUAACGGAGCAACAAAUAUUGGCUAUAUGUGGAUUGCAACAAUCUACACAAGAAGGAGAAGAGGCUCUUUCUCAAGGGCUUGAAGCUCUCAAUCAAUCUCUUGCAGACACUAUCACAUCAGACUCAUUGAGCUAUCCUCCUAACAUGGCUAAUUACAUGGGACAAAUGUCUGUGGCCAUGAACAAGCUCGGAGCUCUUGAAGGUUUGGUGAGACAGGCAGAUUGUCUGCGGCACCAAACCAUUCACCGUCUGCAUCAGAUCCUAACGACGCGUCAAGCGGCAAGGUGUUUUCUGGCCAUGGCGGAGUACUUCCACCGUCUGCGAGCUCUGAGUUCUCUGUGGGUGGCACGCCCUCGCCAAGAAUGAACAGCAAUGAAAUGCAAUGCAACUGGUAGUAGUGACAUGCACUAGUUAUCUAGCUAUAUGUGCCUGACCUUAAAUUAAUUGUAGCUUCUUAAAUUUCUCUCUUAAACAUUACAAAUUUAAUGUUGCCUUACAUCUGGUCCCUCUUACUUACUCACCAUGCAAUGCAUAUCCUCAACUCAGGUCUUGUCUGUAUAGAAUUGAUAGACAGAUAAUUAAUAUAGAGUAAAAUUUUAGUACUAACAACUA